AUGACUGAACUGAGAAUGGACCAGCUACAUUCUCUGAGCUCUACAAAAAUAAUGGAUUCAGAACUGUCAUUCACCUUGAAUAGAAAGCUUCUGUUCACGACCAGCCAAAAUGUAAUCACAAGCCGUAGUAGGAAUCACACACUCCUACUUCCAACUGCAGCUGUCAGGCACACAGACUUGUGGGAAAUAAAGCCGCCUGACUUUAGCCCAAAACUCUACCGCACUUUAAGCUUGCCUCGGAUCAAGAAACAAACCCUCGACCCAGCUAUACUCAAAGAAGGAUUAGAAGAAUUAUCUCAAAGCCUUGUUAAAAUGCCUCCUGUCAUGCGAUCCAAACAAGACCAGAAGAGGAAUAUACCAGUGUUCAUCACAUCAUACAAACCACCUGGACUACUGGAAUUGCAGCUACAGUUUGUGAAGUUGGGACAGUUUCCAUGUGGUCGCUACAAAAACCCGAAGCCUCACAAUUUCAGACCUUGUGAUGAAAGCCUGUCAGACAUGGUGACCUCCAUAGCGAAGGAUUCUAGAAAUUUGAACCUUAAUACUCAGUUAUUGGGAGCAAGUAUCCAGCCUGAGCCAAAUCCUCCAGAAGGAGAGCCAGCAAGGAAAAUUAUCACCUUCAAACCAGGAGAACCCAAAUGGGAUGCACGACUCAUACUGCCGAAGUCCCCUUGGCCACCUAUGUCAGCUACAUACACACGGCAUCGGCGCAGGAGAGAGGUGUACAGUGCUUUUAUGGAUCGUGUGGAAGAGAAACUCAACAGAUCAUGGAUGAAAUAAUCAAAUGUUCUAACAGUAAAAAAAAAUAUUACUUUGAGUGAAGGCAGAAUAAUCUGGUUUUUUUCAAGCAUUCCUGAUGUGUUAACUAAACCAUGAUUCAGGUCCUACAGGAUGUCAGGAAAUCCAUCCAUCCAUCCAUCCAUUUUCUAUACUGCUUAUCCUACAGGGUCACGGGGAACUUGGAGCUCAUCCCAGGGAGCAUGGGGAACAAGAUGGGGUCCCCCUGAACAGGGUGCCAAUCCAUCGCAGGGCACAAUCACAUACACAUUCACAUAUGCAUUCAUACAUUAUGGACACUUAGGACAUGCCAAUCAACCUACCAUGGAUGUCUUUGGACUGGGGGAGGAAACCAGAGUACCCAGAGGAAACCCCUGCAGCACGGGGAGAACGUGCAAACUCCGAACACACAGGGCCACGGCGGUAAUCGAACCCCCAACCAUGGAGGUGUGAGGGGAACGUGCUAAUGAUAUGGAUACAGUUCUGUUCUAUAUUACAUUACAUUACAUUGUACUUUUCAGCAAAUACCUACCACUAGUUAAACUCAGGCCUGUAUAGCCAAAAAAAGGUGGAUGGUAGCUUACUGGUUUCCUAUGGGUUCUCUGAUUUUCUUCCACAUCCCCCAAAACAUGUGGAAUAGUAAAUUUGUGUGUGCAUGGUGAUAGACUGACAGGGUGUAUUCCCACCUUACAUGAAGUGUUCCUGGGAUAGGCUCCAGAUUAACCACCACCCAUGCUCACCAUGUUCAAAAACAUUGUAAUAGAUAUCUAUAUAUGUAUUAAUAUCCUCAUUCUAUUUUAGCUAUCCAUCUACCAUACAUUCUGAAAAGUAUGUAGACAUCUGACCAUCACAAUACUGUAUGUGCUUGUUGAACAUCCCAUUCAAGAUCCAGUCCCCCCUUUAGGGUUAUAAUAACCUCCACUCUUCUGGGAAGGCUUUCCACUAGAUUUUAGAACGUGGUUGUGUGGAUUUGCCCAUUCAUCCACAAGAGCAUUAGUGAGGUUAGGCACUGAUGUUGGGUGAGGAGGCCUGGGGUGCAGUCGGCGUUCCAAGUGUGUGCUUCAAACAUUUCUUUCUCUCUCUCUCUCUCUCUCUCUCUCUCUCUCUGUCUGUCUGUUAAUCAGUCACAUUGUGUGGUUUA